AUGAACACUAGACAUACACUAGGGAGGAGGGGUAAGAUGGGGAUGUAUGUGCAGACACUCGGAUUCCAUGAUCUUUCUGUUCCCCCCUCAUUACAAGUAGUAUCUGAAUAUUGCAGGGUGUUAUUCAAUGUAGGGGAAAACAGUCAAAGAUUUAGGAUGGAACGAAAUCUGCACAUGAAUAAAAUCCACUCGAUCUUCUUCACCGACCUAUCGGUUUCCUCACUUACUGGGUUGCCAGGGCUACUAUUGGCCAUAGAUAGCUCUGAAAUAGAACAUAUUGAAAUCAUUGGCCCCAUUGGAAUUACAACCACGAUUAAACUAUUAUCUACAACCUUCAUGAACCUGAAAUACCUAAAAAUAAACGUUAUAGAGCUAACAACUGUCAAAUAUAUCGAUAUCACUAAGGGACUACAAAUAAUUUGUAUUCCACUCAUCAAAUCUGAUACUAAAAAAUUCAAACCUUCAACCUAUCGCAUUGCAUAUAUUGUUAAUUGUGGCGAACGGCCGGGGACUAUGGACAUCGACAAGGCCAUUAAAUUGGGGAUUCCUAGAGGCCCAUUGCUAGGUCAAUUAAAAAGAGGCAAAUCUAUCACUCUGCAAAAUGGCACUAUUGUACAUCCUAGUGAAGUGAUUGGAAAACCGAUCAUUGGCAGUCAAGCACUGAUACUUAAAAUAGAAAACGAUCAUGAUUUGCAACUGGUUAAAUCUACUAUUCCAUUGUAUUGCGAUACUAGUCGCUUGGAUUUUAUAUUCCACCUUAUGAAGAAUGAUAAUUACAACGAAUAUGAGAAUUCAAUUCACAUUUAUUUAGAUAAAUCAGAUCAUCCUCCCAAUUAUAUUUCGUUUUUAUGGGCUGAGAAGGCCAAUCUCACCCUUAAAUCUAUGUACAACAAUUGUACCACUCAUCACAACGAUAAUAAAGAAAAUCAAUCAAAUGCAUCAAUUAAUAUUGAGUGUGCUUGCAUUGGUGAUGAUAAACAGUAUCCACCAUUGACAAUAUUUAACAUGUACGGGAAAAGCAAGGUCACUGGUCAGACUAGGGAAGAUCGCAUUGACACAUCAAAUAGCCUACAACAUAUAUCGCAACUGAAACCAUUUCCAGUAAAUGAUUUGAUUUCCAAUUUCAAUUAUACUGAGGGGCCGCACAAGUUGGUUAUGUUAGGAACAGGCGGUUGUGCUCCAUCUCCAAUUAGGAAUGUAUCUUCAAUAUUGUUGAUCUACGAUAUGGAUUCUAGCAUGCUGCUGGAUUGUGGUGAGGGGACUUUGUAUCAACUGUAUGUCAAUUCUACAUCCUGGGGCAAUUUUAUAGCCACACUAUCUAGUAUAAAAGCUAUAGUGAUAACGCACUCUCACGCCGAUCACCAUAUGGGAAUUGCAGCUUUAGUGGCGUACCGAAAUAAAGUGCUACCUGAUGCCGACGUUAUUUCAGUUAUUUUACCAUCAAAAGUAAAAAGGUGGAUCGAGCAUAUUUUUAACACAUCAAUACGCAUUCCCUGUAACAUACUGGAUCACUCAUCUGCUAUAAUAACGCCAUUUAAAAUAACCCUAUAUCAGGUUUUGCACAUAAGCGAUUCUGCAGGAAUAACAGUUGAAGUCCCAAAUGUGUUCAAAAUAGUUUAUUCUGGGGACACCAGACCUUGUGAGACGACAAUAAACGCAGCUACUAAUUGCGAUAUUUUGAUCCACGAAUCCACUUUUUACCAACAAGAUUUGAGCCAUGCUGUGGACAAAAAGCAUACAACGGUAGAAGAAGCCGUGGAAAUUGCGAAACGGGCUAAUUGUAAACUACUAGUUUUGACACACUUUUCACAACGGUAUUCACUACCCAUUGACAUUAACACUAAUUGUAAUUUCCCCAAGGAUAAGAUCAUUGCAGCACUAGAUCACUUAGUUAUUCAUUUUUAA